AUGACCAAACCGGCUACUCGACAUGCAGAAAUGGUGGCAAUCGAUCAGGUCCUUGACUGGUGCAAGCAACACAACAGAGAUUAUACAGAAGUGUUUGCACACUCAGUAUUGUAUGUAACUGUAGAGCCUUGUAUCAUGUGUGCAGCUGCCGUGCGCUUGAUGAAAAUUCCACGGGUUGUAUAUGGCUGUCGAAAUGAGCGAUUUGGAGGCUGUGGCUCAGUUUUGAGCAUCUCAUCUGAUGAUAUGGUAGACACAGGAGAACCAUUUGAAUGCAUUUCUGGCUAUCGUGCCAAAGAAGCAGUGGAAAUGUUAAAAGCUUUCUACAGACAAGAAAAUCCCAAUGCACCAAAAUCAAAAGUACGGAAAAAGGACCAUCGUAAUUAG